CUUGGUCCGGCGUAGUAAUGUUCUUACUAAAACACACUGCCGAUUUAUCUAAAUUAACUCUUUCGCCACUAAAAUCCUCAUAGUCAUUCAAACCCUUGCUUAAAUUUUCACAUUCAUGAAGAUAAACUCUAAGUAAUAAUAAGAAUCAUCUGCAAAGAACAAAUGCAAGAUUCGGGGGGCACGAGGAUAACUUUCACACCUUCAAAUUUUCCUUCCGAAAUAGCCUUGCGAAGGAGCACCGCAAAUCCUUUUGUGCAUAUCACGAAUAGGAGAGGAGAGAGGGGAUCACCCUCCAAACAGAGCUAAAAACCCAUUUUUUCCAAAACUGCUAGCAGAAAGGGUCAUUCGACUCUAUCGUAGGCCUUUUCCAUGUCAACCUUUAAAGCCAUAUACCCUUUCUUACCGCGAGUUUUGAUUUUCAAGUAGUGCAUUAGCUCAUGCCAUAGGAGAAUAUUCUCAACUAUUUGUCUUUCACGGAUAAAUGCAUUUUGAACCUCUGAAACUAUAUGGGAUAGGAAGGCAGCAAGUCUUUCCGUCAUGAUUUUGGUAAUUAUUUUGUACAUAAACUGGCAUAAAUUGAUUGGGCGUAGCUGCUUCAUUGUCUCCACAUUAUCCACUUUGGGUAUUUAGGUCAAUCAAGUAUGAUUGAAGAUCUUGAGCAGUUUGCUUGUGCCAACGAAAGAUCAUACUGCUUCAAUCACCGAGCUACCAACAAUAUCUCAGAAAGCUUUGAAAAACUUCCAUGUGAACCCAUCUGAUUUUGUUGUCGUAGUCGAUCGUCGAGGAACAGAAUACUCAAACUUUCGUUGGUGUGUUGUAAGCGAAGUGUGAUUCCUUGGCAAUCAAGGGAUCAGGGAAACUGGAGUUGCCAUAAGUGAGAAACAAGUUGAAGAGCAAGUAAGAGAAAUCCAUGAGAACUCCACGCAUGACAUGAGACAUGAUCCAAAGGUCAAGAGGCACAAUACUAUCAAGUGACCGAGGUCCGAGAGCGAGGAAGAAGCACACGAGUGAUAACAAAAUGCAGGACAAGAAGACAGAAUGUAACGAAAUGAAAUGGGGAAGAAACUCGGAAGGAAGCACUACACGAUCGACAAUGGCAAUUUCAAUGGAUUUGUAUGACAGUUUAGGUAUUUAUUUUGAGCGGGUCAGGUUUGGUCAGUCAGUUGAGUUGGACAAGCUUACAUGGCAUGUCUUAGUGAUGUGGUGGGUCGGGUUUCACCAUUUACAGAUUAAAUUAGGCUGACCAUGUGAUUCCUUCUGUCACAACAACAAAUAACAAACUUCGUCAAUGGAGACAAAUGAAGACUAAUGGAGAGUGACCAAAUAUGACAUGUUUUACUAUAUUUAGCGACAAAAUGAAAUAAAAAUUUUAGUAAUCAAUGAACUUAUUUAGCAAUCCAAUGAUCAACCUUGCCAUUUACUCCAACAACCAGAAAGGAAAACGAAAUGGCUUCCUUCAGGAUUCAGGAAUGAGAUCUGCUCCGCAGUGUUGGGCUGCUCGGCCAGCCCAAUCAACAAUUCCCCAAAAUUGGGCUCGAUGGGCUGAAGAAAUCAUAGCAAGCCCGCCCAACUCCGAUCUAGGCUCAAACCCCUGCCCUAGAUCGUCAUCUCAUCUCCGUCUCCUCGACUCAAUUCUGCAACUUCGCCUUAAACCUUUACCGCUCUGCUCUCUGGGUUUAACGGCUUUCUCAUUCCGGUAGCCUCCCGAUUUCAUCGUCUACUUCGUUUCGUUUCAUUUAUACUGAUAUUGAGCUCUAUUUCCGCUUCUUGGUUGCAAUGAAUUGGUCCUAUGGCUGCUUUCUGCUCUGAAAUUUAGCUCCUUUAUUUCGUACUGUCCUCUCAAGAUGUUCCCUUUUUUAUUGGGUGAAGGUUAAUUUGCUGAGCUACUGAACCAAAAAUAUGGUGAGGCCGUUUGGGGUGAAGGGGAAGAAGAGGAAGAGGAAAGAGAAAUAUGACAGAGAUGAAGAAGAAGGUGAAGAAGUCGCAGAGCCCACGGCGAAGGAAGCUGCUGUAGAGGAGGAGGAUGAGAAGGAAAUGGUGGAGAAGGAAGCUGGGACUGCAGCUGACGAAAUGGCUGGCAUCCCAAUCGUUCAGAUUGAUCAACAGACCAAAAAACCUGGGGUCAUUUUCGUGCUGGAGCGGGCUUCUUUGGAAGUUGCCAAAGUUGGUAAGACUUACCAGAUAUUGAAUUCGGAUGACCAUGCCAAUUUUCUCAAGAAAAAUAACAAAAAUCCUGCUGAUUACAGGCCGGACAUUGUUUAUCAGGCUCUCCUGUCAAUCUUAGAUAGCCCGCUGAACAAGGCUGGGAGGUUGCGAGCUGUAUAUGUGAAAACUGAUAAAGGUGUUCUUUUCGAAGUCAAACCAAAUGUGCGUAUACCAAGGACGUACAAGCGUUUUGCUGGCAUUAUGUUGCAACUGCUUCAGAAGCUCAGUAUAUCUGCUGCAGGCAAAAGGGAGAAGCUUUUGCGUGUGAUAAAGAAUCCAGUAACCCAGUACCUUCCAGUCAGCUCCCGCAAAAUAGGGUUUUCUUACAGCUCGGAUAAGUUGGUGGAAAUGAGCAAGUAUGUGGAGACAGUGAGCAAUGAUGCUGAUCUUGUGUUUGUGGUUGGUGCUAUGUCUCAUGGGAAAAUCGACUGUGAUUACAUUGAAGAUUUCAUAGCCAUUUCUGGGUACCCGCUGAGCGCUGCGUGGUGUAUCGCAAGGAUCUGUGAGGCUCUUUCGAAUAAAUGGGGCGUCGUUUAAAACAAAUUAUACAACCUUGCUUUCUUUCAUGAUGCCUUUACUCCACAUUCAGACUAUGUACUGAUGGUUUUGUCGAGUGUAUUCGAGUCGAUGUAAUUUAAGAAAUAUAUUGUUUUUCAUAAACGUUUGAUCGUGUAUUUGAGUGUAAUUAAAACAAUAUAUUUAA